AUUUGGGCCCCAUAUCUGAGGAAGGCUCAGAAUUAAAGGGUACUCUUUUAGAAAGAAGUUGAAGAAGAACUUUAGUCAGAGGUUAGUUAAUCUAUGGAACUCAUUGCCACUGAGGGUUGUGGAUGCCAAGUCAGUGGAUGUUUUUAAGACAGGUAGACAAAUUCUUGAUUAGAACGGAUAUCAAGGGUUAUGGGGAGGAGGCAGGAAAAUGAGAUUGGGAGGCAGAGAUCAGCCAUGAUUGAAUGGCGGAGUAGACUCGAUGGGCCGAAUGGCUGAGUUCUAGUCCUAUAACCAGUGAACUUGUGAACCUCUAUAAGAUCAUUCUAUAGUAUUCACAUUGGGGCAGAGUAUGAGGGUUUGUUAAUUUAUUAGUUGGCCAUGUGUAUAAAAUCAUGAGAGGAAAAGAGUGGGUAGAUGCACAGAAUCUCUUGCCUUGACUGGGGGAAUCGAGGACCAGAGGACAUAGGUUAAAGGUGAAGGGGAAAAGAUUUAAUAGGAAUCUGAGGGGUAACUUUUUCACGCAAAUGGCGGUGGCUUGAAGAUCGAGUCGCAGGUAGAUAAGGUGGUCAAAAAGGCUUUAGGCACUUUGGCCUUCGUCAGUCAGAGUAUUGAGUAUAGAAGUUGGGAGGUCAUGUUGCAGUUGUAUAAGACGUUGGUGUGACCGCAUUUAGAAUAUUGUGUUCGGUUCUGGGCACCAUGUUUUAGGAAGGAUAUUGUCAAGCUUGAAAGGGUUCAGAAAAGAUUUACAAGGAUGUUGCCAGGACUAGAGGGUGUGAGCUAUAGGGAGAGGUGGAGUAGGCUGGGACUCUAUUCCAUAGAGCACAGGAGGAUGAGGGGUGAUCUUACAGUGGUAUACAAAAUCACGAGAGGAAUAGAUCGGGUAGAUGCACAGAGUCUUUUGCCCAGAGUAGGGGAAUCGAGGGCCAGAGGACACAGGUUCAAGGUGAAGGGGAAAAGAUUUAAUGGGAAUCUGAGGGGUAACUUUCACACAAAGGAUGGUGGCUGUAUGGAACAAGCUGCCAGAGGAGGUAGGUACACAAAAAAGCUGGAGAAACUCAGCGGGUGCAGCAGCAUCUAUGGAGCGAAGGAAAUAGGCAACGUUUCGGGCCGAAACCCUUCUUCAGACGGGAGGAGGAGGUAGUUGAGUCUGGGACUAUCUCAACAUUUGAGAAACAGUUAGACAGGUACAUGGAUAGGACAGUUUUGGAGGGAUCUGGGCCAAAUCUGGGCAGGCAGGUGGGACUAGUGUAGUUGGGACAUGUUGGCCAGUGUGGGCAAGGUGGGCCGAAGGGCCUGUUUCCACACUGUAUCACUCUAUGACUCUGUCUCGCCCUCCUUUCCACAUUGAUUACACAGCACAGUCACUGUCAUAACGAGAGUUAACUGUUAACUGUACGGAUACACAUAGGGCAAUGUCACGCACUUAGUUAGCGACUGAUUGCAUCGACCUCUCGCUUGAGCUAACGUCGAAAUAAUGUCCCGUAGCCCAGUGUGCAUCAAUGACUUUGAAAAGCUCGCGGAAGGAAUUCUACCCAAAGCAGUCUAUGACUAUUACUCUUCAGGAGCCGAUGAACAGCAGACCUUGAAGGACAAUGUGGCUGCUUUCUCCAGAUGGCAACUGUGCCCGCGUGUCCUCAGGGAUGUGUCAAACAUGGACUUAUCCGUGACUAUCUUGGGACAAAGAGUUAGCAUGCCCGUCUGUGUCUCUGCUACUGCCAUGCAACGAAUGGCACACCCAGAAGGAGAGGUGGCAACAGUGAGAGCUUGCAGGUCGCAGGGUACGGGCAUGAUGCUGAGCACCUGGGCUACCUCCAGCAUCGAGGAGGUAGCUGAGGCGGCACCCGAGGCCACGCGCUGGCUGCAGCUGUACAUCUACAAGGACAGGAAGGUCACCGCGUCCCUGGUGAGGAGAGCAGAGGCGGCUGGCUACCGGGGAAUCUUUCUCACCGUCGACACGCCGUACUUGGGCAAGCGUUUAGCGGAUGUACGAAACAAGUUCAAACUUCCCCCUCCACUCAGGAUGGCAAACUUCGAGAACCUCGACUUGUCCUUUUCCAAAAAGGACUAUGGGGAAGACAGUGGUCUGGCUGUGUACACUUCCAGUGCAAUUGACCCCACCAUCAAAUGGCAGGAUAUCGACUGGCUGAGACAAUUGACCAAACUGCCGAUCGUUCUCAAGGGCAUCUUAAGAGCCGACGAUGCCAGGGAAGCGGUUAAACAUGGAAUUGCCGGAAUACUUGUAUCCAACCACGGAGCAAGGCAACUGGAUUGUGUGUCAGCAACGAUUGAUGCUCUCCCUGAGAUCAUUGAGGCUGUGGAAGGGAGGGUGGAAGUCUACUUGGACGGAGGCGUGAGGAAGGGGACUGAUGUGCUGAAAGCUCUUGCUUUGGGUGCCAAGGCUGUGUUUUUGGGAAGACCAGCCCUGUGGGGGCUGGCAUAUCAGGGAGAAGAAGGAGUUCACAAAGUCCUACAGAUACUAAAGGAAGAAUUCAGGCUGGCCUUAGCUCUUGCAGGGUGUCGCAAUGUGAACGAAAUAGACGGGUCUCUCGUGAAGAAGGGUACCUGGGCAAGAUCACGGAUCUGAAGGAAGUCAUGAAGCUGGAAUGAGACGAAGGAGUCGGCAAAAAUAUUGCCGCAGAGUGGUGGGACCAUGGUUGGGAAUUCUCCCGGGAAUGAUUCUGCAUGGAAAAUUAACUCUUAUAAGGUGAUAAAUAAUAGGAGCAGAAUUAGGCCAUUCAGCCCAUCAAAUCCACUCUGCCAUUCAAUCAUGGCUGAUCUAUCUCUCCCUCCCAACCCCAUUCUCCUGCCUUCUUCUCUAUAACCUCUGACACCCGUACUAAUCAAGAAUCUAUAUAUCUCUGCCUUAUCCACUGACUUGGCUUCCACAGCCUUCUGUGGCAAAGAAUUCCACAGAUUCACCACCCUCUGACUAAAGGCAUUUCUUCUCAUCACCUUCCUAUAGGAAUGUCUAAUUCUGAGGCUGUGACCUCUAGUCCUAGACUCUCCCACUAGACCCUCGGUGAAAAUACUGCAAUCACAAAAAGACUGUUUCUUAGUCCAAGCGAUAUCUUGAUUUACUGUAUAACUUACAACAGGGAAAUUCACAAGAUGAUAUAUUUUCUUUAACUUUCUCUAACCUUAUAGUGUAAGGUAAAAUCAUACACCAUAUGGGCAGAUCUGAUAUUAAAUAAAAAUUAAAUCUGGUGGAAACACUCACUCAGCCAGUCAGGCAGCAUCGGUAAAACAGAGUUAACAUAUCAGGUCAAAGAUUCUACAUCAAAACCCCAUCUUGAUCAUAGUGAAGGGAGGAACUGCAGAGGCUGGUUUAAACUGAAGACAGACACUGGAGUAACUCAGCGGGUCCAGGCAGCAUCUCUGGAGAAAAGGAAUCGGUGAUGUUUCAGGUCAGGGCCCUUCUUCGGGCUGACAGUCAGGCGAGAAAGAAAAUAGAGAUAUGAAUAGGUACAGAACAAAUCAGAGCUGGCACCAUUGACUCGGGAAAGGUGGAGCCCACAAUGGUCCAUUGUUGGCUAUGGACGAGGGUUUGACGAAUGGAUAUCUAAAGAUGGGUGGCUGAUGGUCGGGGCUGACUCGAUGGGCUCGAUAUUUCUGUCCUGUAUCUGUUGAGACACUUUUCAAAACAGCCAUAAUCUAUUAUAUGAAGCUUCGAGUCAUAGAGCACAGAAAUAGGCCCAUCGGCCCAUCAGCCCAUCGGCCCAUCGAAUCUGCCGCGACCAUCAGCCACCCAUCACCGCUGUCAACCCCCCACUCCGCGCCUCCGUGCUGCCGGCCUAGGGCCCCAGCCGUGGGCUCCAUCAGCCGCUCCGCCAAGCCACAACCUGACCCCGGGCUUCUACGCGCCAAUCCGGGUGGCAUUGAGACCACGGCGUCUCGAUAAAGGCCGCCAGCCGCGGUCCCAGUCCAUAGCCGCGGCCCCGUCGGGCAGGUACAUGGAUGAGGACAAUGGGGAAUCUGGUGCAGGCAAGAAGCUGAGACCUAUGGAGAUCAUAGUGAAUGGGCUGCAGACGUCAAGUGGACUAUUCCUGCACCUCGUCCCCCGUGGGAACAUCAUGUUUCGCUUGAGCAGCUUACAACCCAGUGGUAUGAAUAUUGAUUUCUCUAACUUCAUAACCCUUGCAUCUCCC